CGUAGCUGAGUAGCGCGGGCAAUUUCGAGUCGUGGCCGAACGCGGGAAGCCGGUGUGUGGCGGCCUCGAGGCGUCCUCAGGCGCGGCCAUGGACUCCUUGGCCGAGCCUCGGUGGCCUCCGGGCCUGGCGGUGAUGAAGACAAUAGAUGAUUUGCUGCGGUGUGGAAUUUGCUUUGAAUAUUUCAACAUUGCAAUGACAAUAGAUGAUUUGCUGCGGUGUGGAAUUUGCUUUGAAUAUUUCAACAUUGCAAUGAUAAUUCCUCAGUGUUCACAUAACUACUGUUCUCUCUGUAUAAGAAAAUUUCUAUCCUAUAAAACUCAAUGUCCAACUUGUUGUGUGACAGUCACGGAGCCGGACCUGAAAAAUAACCGCAUAUUAGAUGAACUGGUAAAAAGCUUGAAUUUUGCACGGAAUCACCUGUCGCAGUUCGCUUUGGAGUCGCCGCCUAUAUCUCCCGCGUCCUCCUCUUCAAAGCACCUUGCUGCCAAGGCGCACACUCCUGUGGCCUUCAGGCAUUCUUUAAAGCAGGGGAGCAAGUCAGUGGAUACUUACUUGGUCAGAGAAACGGGUGGUUCUACGUCAGAGUUGCUGAUAAGAGAAAAUAAAAGCAGAUUCAGCCCUCGAAAAGAGGCGAGCACUACUGCAGAGACCGUAGAGACGCAUUCCGUGGGAAAGAUGGCUCCCGGCUCCUCAGAUGCUCGUGGUCCCGAGUCGCCGUCUACCUCCACUUUGAAACUAGUUACCAAAGUGGAUUGCCCUGUUUGUGGGGUUAACAUUCCAGAAAGCCACAUUAAUAAGCACCUAGACAGCUGUUUAUCACGUGAAGAGAAGAAGGAGAGCCUUAGAAGUUCUGUUCACAAAAGGAAGCCGCUGCCCAAGACUGUAUACAACUUGCUCUCUGAUCGUGAUUUAAAGAAAAAACUGAAACAGCAUGGAUUAUCUGUUCAAGGAACUAAACAACAGCUCAUUAAAAGGCACCAGGAAUUUGUACAUAUGUACAAUGCUCAGUGUGAUGCUUUGCAUCCUAAGUCAGCUGCUGAAAUAGUUCAAGAAAUUGAAAAUAUGGAGAAGACCAGGAUGCGUCUUGAAGCUAGUAAACUCAAUGAAAGUGUAAUGGUUUUUACUAAGGACCAAACAGAAAAGGAAAUAGAAGAAAUUCACAGUAAAUACCGUAAAAAACAUCAGAAUGAAUUUCAGCUUCUGGUGGAUCAGGCCAAAAAAGGAUAUAAGAAAACUGUUGGAAUGUCGCAAAAAACAGUAACAACAAAACAAGAAGAUGAAGCUACAGAAAAGCUAUUAUCUGUAUGCAUGGGAAAGGAAGAUAAUAAAAUGAAGUUCUCAGAUUUGACCUCAGUAACAGACUACUUCCCUAAGUCACAGCUGGGCUCCUCAGGGAAACUGGAGUCGGAAAGACCAGACGAUUCUUCUAGUUGUACUGAUAUUCAAGAAGUGCCUUCUUCACUAGAAUCGGAUUCGUGCAAUAGUUCCAGUUCGGACAUCAUAAGAGAUCUUCUAGAAGAAGAGGAAGCCUGGGAAGCGUCACACAAAAAUGAUCUUCAAGACACAGAAAUAAGUCCGAGACAGAAUCGCCGCACCCGAGAGCCUGAAAGUGCUGAGAUUGAGCCAAGAAAUAAGCGUAAUAGGAAUUAGUGUGAGCUUUUACUGACUUUUUAAAACUCAGUGAUCAGAAUAUGGUACUCUCUGUUGUCAUCUACAGAGUUCAUGUUUAUAAAUGCCCAAGGAAAGAUGUUAAAUUGUAAAUAUUAUGGUUAGCUUAUUUUCAUUCUUUUCUGCCUUUCUGGGGAAGAAAAAAGUUAGAAAACGUCCCCACUUGAUUGGUUGCCUCCUGCCCCUACAACAGUCUCUGCCCAAAGGCCUGACGUUGGCGUCCGCGCGCUCACCAGCUUGCAGUGGGCAGACUCUUUGGCAGAGGGUUUGAUUCGGCUUGAUGUGUAAAUGUCAGAACAUCCCUAAGACAGUCUCCUUCUCUUCCGUGGAGAACGCAGCUUCAGAGCAGGCUUCUUCCGUAACCUCUCUUCCACAAGAAGCAGUUGAGGAGUUAAGGGCAUCUGCGUUUCUGGAAAGGCAGGAUGUCAUAAUUCACGCCCUUGGCGCGUGAGUGCAGACGCCAGCCCCGGCGAUUGGUGCGGAAUUUAAUGUGGCAGUUUGUUAGAACCCUGUUUACACAUUACUUAGGGGCAGGGUGCUACAUCAUAAUUUAAAAUCACAAUAGUCAAAAAAGUCGUAAUAACUUGGAGACAUUAGGCAUAUUCUUCUGAACUAGCGCUUAAAAGUGAUUACUGUUGUUGUAUCUUUUCAUUUGGGUCAGUCAGAUCUUUAACACUUUGGACCCCAGCUAUUAAACAAAAAGUAUGCAAUAAAUGGAUUUUGUAAAUGAA